AUGGAGCCAGAGAAGGAGAAGACCGGGAGGCUGAACAGCCAGAGGAGACGGGUCCCCGACUGGCUGAUGGGGACGCCCGAGGCCAGGAUACCCCGUUCGGAUCUCGUGGACAGGCAGCCCGAGCCCAAGAGAGCCCGGUUUUCUGGCAUCGUAAUGGCCGAAAACUGUGAAAUAACCCACGGACAGCUAUGUGAGCUGCUCAAGUAUGCAGUUCUGGCUGCGCCCGUCAUUGAGAGACCCAGGUGGUGCCAGCUUCUGUACGGAAAGCGACUGAGCAGAACAGUGGUUGUCAUCCUUCAGGGGAUGAGUCAACUCCACUUCUACAGGUUCUAUUCGGAGUUUGGAUUUCUCCGAAAAGCCUUCAGGCAUAAAUUCCGCUUGCCUCCUCCAUCACCGACUUUUCUAGCUGAUGUUAUGGGGCUACCAAAUCAAAGGGCUGGAUAUCUGCCUAAGACCACGGGAGGAUCUGUACCAUCUGCAGGUCCAAAACCCAAGGUCGACCUGCAGAAGGACCCGGUCAUUCAAAAGUAUGGCUCUCAGAAGGUGGGCUUGCUGCGAUGCCUUCUGACAGAGGAGGAAAUGAGGACCUUUGACUUUCCCUUACAAGGUUCUCCCGACUGUGAGAACUUUGUAACGACCAGAUGUGAUGGGUCUGUCACAGAGAACAGCCCUCUCUUCGGGCUGGACGGAGAAAUGUGCAUCACGUCCAAGGGGAUAGAACUAACCCACAUCUCACUGGUGGCCGAAGGAGGCUCGUGUCUCCUGGAUGAGUUGGUGAAGCCCGAUGAGGAGAUUGUGGACUACGCCACCUGCUAUUCGGGGAUCACGGAGGAGAUGCUUAAGCCGGUGACGACGAAACUGAAAGACGUUCAGAGGCGGUUAAAAGCACUGCUUCCUCCUGAUGCGGUGUUGGUAGGCCAUUCCCUAGACGUGGAUCUCCGGGCACUGAACAUGAUCCACCCAUAUGUCAUCGACACCUCGUUGCUUUAUGCCAGAGAGCGGGGCAGAAGAUUCAAGCUCAAGUUCUUGGCCAAGGCUGUAUUGGGGAAGGACAUUCAAUGUUCGGAAAGGGACGGUCAUGAUCCCACAGAGGACGCUGCCGCGACCCUUGAAUUGGCUCAAUACUUUCUCAGGUAUGGCCCAAAGAAGAUUGCAGAACUCAAUCUGGAGGCGCUGUGGAGAGCCCAAGACCCAAGAAAUGUCAGAGAAAAGGUCCACUACACCUACAGAGGUGCUUUAAGAUCUUUCGAUCCGGGGCAUCACAAGCUCCUUUUUGUAUCCCGAGAGACAGACGAUAUUGAACUCCCGUCUCCUGAAGAUUGUGAGACUAUUAAGUGCCUUUCCAACAGAGAGGUCUUUGAGCAGGCCAGAAGGCAAGUGUGCCUGUACCCCUUCAGCAUUAUUCGGUUCUCUUUGAAGCCUUUUUCACCUCUCCUCACUGAGGAAGUGAGCCAAAGGAUGCAGAUCAAGUGGACAGAGAUGUCCACUGUCUAUGCUGGGCCAUUGAGCAAAGAUUGGAACCUAAGUGCUCUGAAGAGGCUGUUUAGGAGCUUUGGCCCAGUUCGUACAAUGACUGCCGUUCUGGAAACGCAUCAGCCUCAUCUCUCCAUAGAGUAUGAAGUCCUGGAAGCUGCCCAGCUGGCCAUCGAACAGGAAAAAUACUGUUUCCUGAAGUUCAAAACUUUUGGCAAUGCCCAGAGGGCCCUCCAUGUCCUCACAGGCAAGGACUGGAAGCUGAAAGGCAGGCAGGCCCUAACCCCCAGGCACCUGCACGCGUGGCUUAGGAGCUCACCACCUGAAUCAAGGAGGCCCGCGGGUCUGGGAGUGAGACCUCCUCCCUCGGAGCGGGCGACCUUGCAGAAUUUACAUGCGGAAAACGCAAAGAGUGCAGCCAGGCGUUGGAGCCGCAAGAUUGGAAGGCUCUACCGAAGCCUGAGCCCCGGUACCCUUUGUGUUAUCCUCCUGCCAGGAACCACUAGCCCUCAUGGAUCCCUCUCUGGCCUAGGACUCAUGGGAAUAAAAGAUGAAGAAGAGGAAAGCACUGGACCAAGCGUGGGUUUGUGA